AUGGCAGCUCUAUGUUGUUCUUCCACCAUCAUCGUCUCCGGGAAGUUUUCUCCACGGAUUAGAACCCACAAUCAGUUCCCCAGACUCAACCGUUUAAAGAAUCAGAAACGAUUGAUUACAGGGAGAAGAAGUUUGAUCGUUGGAUCGAUCAUUGAAGACAGAGAAGCAAUCGAUAUGAAGAGUGACAACUUCGAGCCAGAAGAAGUACAAAAGGUAGAAGAAGAUAUGAAUAGAGACACAGAUCGGUUGAUGAGUCGAGGAAUCAACGCAGCCAUAGUUCUCGCCGCCGGUACCGUUGCGGUUACCAAGCUUUUAUCCAUCGAUCAUGACUAUUGGCAAGGUUGGACUCUGUACGAGGUACUUAGGUAUGCACCUGAACACAACUGGGUUGCGUAUGAGCAAAUUCUCAAAACAAACCCAGUUUUGGCGAAAAUGGCCAUCAGUGGAAUUGUUUAUUCUCUAGGAGAUUGGAUUGCACAAUGUUACGAGGGAAAACCGCUGUUUGAGUUUGAUCGAACUCGUGUACUUAGAUCAGGUCUUGUUGGAUUCACCCUCCAUGGUUCACUCUCUCAUUAUUACUACCAAUUCUGCGAGGCCCUGUUUCCUUUUCAAGAAUGGUGGGUAGUUCCUGCAAAAGUUGCGUUUGAUCAAACCGUAUGGUCAGCAAUUUGGAACACUAUCUACUUCACGGUUCUAGGGCUCUUGCGGUUUCAGUCCCCAGGAGAAGUUUUCGGCGAAAUCAAGACAACGUUUUGGCCAAUGAUCACUGCAGGCUGGAAACUCUGGCCAUUGGCUCACUUGGUUACGUACGGUGUGAUUCCUGUAGACCAAAGGCUUCUUUGGGUGGAUUGUAUUGAACUCAUUUGGGUCACUAUAUUGUCGACUUACUCAAAUGAAAAAGCAGAGGCGCAAGCAUCAUCAGGAGAAACAGACUCCAUUACUACUCACUCGAGCAAGGUUUAUGACUGCUCCUUCUGUUUCAAGAAUCUCUCUUCAAAAUUCAAUCUUGAGCAUUUGGAUGUUUGUCCUUAUCGUUUUUCUAAGCUGCUUUGUUAUCUGCAACAGGACUAG